AUUGAGGUGGUCGGUAGGUGAGCGACAGAUAGGAGGGAAGGGGGAAUGAAAGUGGCUGUAGUCAAAGCAUGAGAGACAUGAGGGUGGAGGGAAGGGAAUGAGAAUAGCUGGUAAAAAGUGGAGGAUUUACCUGGGGAUCGUUGUAUUUGAUCUGCAGGACAUGGGAUAUAGCUGUAAGAAACUAGAUUCUUCACCAAGCUCAGUUGCAUAACAUCCAGGGAGAAUUAUCAAAAGGAGGGGGAAUCCUUAGCUGUGAAUACCUUCCUUGUACAGAGGCAAGAAUUGGUGCAGGUGAUAUUUUUUAUUGAGCCAACUGUGGUUGUCACAGUACUAUUCCUUAGGUCUCUGGGAGAGAAAGUCAUAGCAGAGCUAAUAGCGAAUGCAGCAGUAAUUUUAUUAGUGUCAUAUUGCAGUGGAGAGAGCAGUAACAAAUUAUCAGAUGCACUCGACUCGCAAGCCACAGAUUCCCUGCAGGAUGAAGCGCUACAUGGUACGUGAGGAAUGGGGCAUCAGAAUGAGGGUGAACUGGAUGUUGCACAGUAUCCUAGGCUAUGGGAAAGGCAUGGGAUAGGGUAGAUAUUUUCUCUUCUCUUCCACAGGGGUGAGCAGGGUCAUACACACAGUCCUCCAGCACAGUGAAUGGGUGGAGUGGGGUGGGUGAUACUCACCAGCCCAGCACAGGGGUAGAUUGGGGGAUAAACAGUGUGGUCAGCUCAAGGGUAGUGGACUGCACUGCCUCUUCAGGCAGGGGGCAAGUGUGACAUGGGUUUCUGAAGUUCCUUUAGGGAAGACCUGAUAAGAGUUUUUACACGUGUUCCUCCUGGGAGCCAAGCCCUGAGGUCUCAGUCACUCUACCCACUAGAAGCCAUUCUUUUUGGAAAGGGUCUGGGCAGGCAGGAUAUUCUUAGACUGAAAGGUUCUUCUUAGCAUUUCAGCAGAUUGAAGCAGAAAAGACUCCAGGAGACAGCAGGCUGCUGCAGCCCAGAGACAAGCCCCAAGCAAGGGAAGGAGUCACUGAGUGGGAGAAAAAAAAGAAAAAGAAGAGGGAAAGGAGGACAGAAAGCACCUGGAAGGUUGGCUCAACUCCAGCACUAGCAGAGAUGGCUCACAGGAACAAGGACACUCCAUCCAAGUUCAGAUGCUCCAAGAAGAAGCCUGCUGAGGAGCCUGUGGUUACAGGCCCCAACAUGGACUCUCUGGGCUUCCAGGCUAUGGACAGCAACAUUCCCGGUCUGUCACAGGUCAUCCUGAGAAAGCUUAACAUGAAAAGCUAUGACGAAUACAAGUCAGCCAUGGACGGGAAGAAAGGGAGCGCAGAUUUUGGGAUCCGAACAUAUUUUGACAUGUUUAAAAAAAUGGAGGACACCUUCAAAUUCUGUGUGGAGUGCAAGAAACUCCCUGAUGCUCUUCCUGACUCCAAAAACCUCCGUCGAUGCAAGAGGUGCCAAAAUGUGUACUACUGCAGCCCUGAGUGCCAGCGGGCCAACUGGCCUGUGCACAAAAAGUUCUGCAAAAAGCUCAAGUUGGUAGCCCUUGACCGGCUGGUGGAGUGGCUCAUCUUCACAGGUGAUAUUCCUUUCCCCAUGGAGACCUGGACUAAGCGCAUCCAGGAAGUAAAAGGCUGGGAAGACUGGUUUGCCAUGCAGGAGCACCUGGAUGAAAAGCUGGGUGCUAUACUAACCGGGCGUUACAUGACCAUCCUCUGGGCCAAUGCUGGGAAGCCAAAGCCAGAGGAGGGAGAGUUGCUGGAGUCCAUCAAGCGGCUGACCUCAGAUUUCCAGUCCCGGCCAAUCACCAUCGGCUUGGGGCUCCAUGCUUUCAGUAUUGACCCCUACGCCAAGCCCAUCACUGUGCACGUGGCUGGGGCUUCCCACAUCGAGACCCUCAACACCCGGGUGAUAGAUUAUGAUGAGCUGACACGGAUAUUUCCUGGGCACCAGGGCAUCGAGGUGGUAAUGGUUGGAGUGGAUGUAGUUGAUGGAUCCAUCAUGAGACCUCCACUGACAGCCUUUGGACCCAGGGGUAGAGUUUACCUCAGCAGCUAUAAAGGCCUCUAUCAUGACUUUUGGGAAUCCCAAGUAGAAACUCAGCAGGCUGCACGCCCGGACCUUGUGGUGGGCUUUCAUCCAGGGUUCCAUGCCUGCCAGGACCUGAUGGAAGGCUGGCUCCCCACCCUGCUGCUGCUGCGGGACUACAAGAUCCCCACCCUCUUCACCAUGUACAAUGAGCAAGAACUGAAGUCCUCCCUGAAGAUCCUGAUGGAGCUGGAGACCAACAUCACAGGCUGUGGAGCCAACCCCUUUGCCUCCCUCAAACCCGAGCAGGUCUAUUCCAGCCCCAACAAGCCGCCUGUCUACUGCAGCUCCCACUACAUCAUGUUCCAUGGGCUGUCCAGUCCCCCGUAUGAGCCUAUCAGGGAGCUGGAAGAGGAAGAGGACAAAGGGGAAUAGAGAAGAAAUGCUCACACCUGCUUGGUAUCAAGCAAACCAGGCACUUCACUGCCCCUAGACAGACCCUGCUAUGCCACCUCCAACCCCUGCCUCCAUUCCUCUGGCUUGGCUGCAUUCAGGGCCAGUGCUCCCCUCUCAGCUUGGGCAGCAACCCCAACAGGUAGCAGCUCUUCAUGGGGUCCAGGGAGGGGAACCUGGCUGCGCUGGCUGCUUUUAUAGCUGCCUCCUUCAGCAAUACAGAGGUCUCUGAGGGACACUGGAGAGAGCAAGCUCUCUUGGCUACGCCUCAGAGCUGACCUCCACCCCAAACCAGCACAAUGAACAAUGGGAGAGAGAGAAACCAAGCACUUGCCUGAGCAGGGCUGCAAGCAUUUAGCAAGCACCGCAGAGUCUGUUGCAGUACCUGUGCUGGCUCAGCCCACUCUCACCUUGGGGUGGGGGCUGCCCAUUACCAGUGCAGUGCUGUCACAGCCAUUUGCAGCAUAUGUGGUAGCAGAGACGUGAGAAGCGGUGUUCACAGAAAAGGCCCUGCCUGCUACUGCUCACUUACCACAGCUCAGCAACAUACUUGUCAAGGGCACUUCCCAUCGGUGACCUGUCUGCUGGGAGUUGAAGUGUGGAGAGCAGCCCUCCUGUUCUUUCCUACAGGCUCUCGCUUAACUACCUUUGCUAAAAGCCUAAACACUGUCCCCUCUGACUGAAUGGGAGGGGGCAGCAGUUUUCCUGUAUUCCUGUUUUUUGGGACAAAAACAUAGCCAUAGCUAUAAGCUCUCCAGCGCUUGCCCUAUGUAGCUCAGAGCUAGCUAAGUGAGGUGGAAACAUUUGUCCCAGCUCACCUGGGGUUAUGAGGAGGGUUUUCCAUUCAGCAGACCUCUGCAACCAGGCUCUCACCCCCAGUAGCUAGAGACAGGACAUCUGUUCCAGACCUAGUGCCUCUAGGUCUGCGGUUCCCAAACUCUGACAGAUUGUGCACCACCAAUUUAAAUGAUACAACCUUAAGUACCACCAGCAAUUUUUCAAUUCAACCUUAAGUACCACCAGCAAAUUUUUGUCAUAUAAAGUA